AUGCUUAGAUACAGAAGAGAGGCACGCAAUCCAAGAGCAGCAUUACUUGGUUCUUUUGAAAGCUUCUUCGAAGAAAAUGCUAGCUUUGAUGAGUACAUCCGAGAUCGAUACAAUCGUAAUCCCUUCACUGAUGAUGCUAUAAUUGCAAGGAGAAAGAGGAGAUCAGUCAGAAUCGCAGAUUUCUUAAAGAGAAGUAUUCAACGGGUUUUCCAGAUAAGGCUCAGACAUCAACGUAAUCAAGUUAUCUAUCCCGUGAUUAUGAAUGCUGCCGAUAUCCCCAAUUAUGAAACAGUUGUUCCUGCAAGACAUCUCACUACCAGUAUGGUGGUGCAUCCGCGUUUGAAGCAAUUAGCCAACGAGUUCAGGGGCGGGAUAAAAAAAAGACAGAGAAAUGAGGUAAACUUGCUCUCGUCUGCAGCAUCUGCUAUGUCUUCGGUUAACUCACUUUUUGAAGAUGAUCGUGUUUCACUCGAAGGCACUGGUGCCACCACUGCUGAUUCGAAUAUCCCCAUGGAUUUGAUAUAG